AUGCCAUCCUUUUUCCGUCCUCUUAUUGGUGGCUUUCAGACGAACGAUGGUGCAGCAUUCACGUUGAGAUUUUUAUCAAAGAUUUCCGACUCAAAGUUGUGGCGGCAUUAGUUAUGACGCUCAUCUGAAAGCCACCAAUAGGACGAUGGCAACGGAUUACAUGAAACUCGUGGGACAGCUCCAAAUACGAACAUGGAAACGGUGGAAUGUGAAAAAUACUCUUAACACCUGGAGCUCACUCUUAAAGAGUGUUUGUUUGUAUGACCCCAUUUUCUGAACGAUGAUGUACCGUGUGACAGUAAUGAUCUUGAAGCGCUGCUGAAAAUACACUGUGAGAAACAGGCUUUGUACUUUUAGGGUGGCUUUCACGCUGAAGGUUUAGUCCGACACGGAGCACGGUAACGUGAGAGCUGUCAUGCGAAGCAGGAUGCGCACCCCGGUACCAAACCCGCGACUAACUGUAGGAAGUGGUCUGGAGCUGGUCGGUUGCACUGGAACUGUGCCACAAUUCCUGUGAAUCUCGUACUCGUGUCCGCACUUGUUCAGGAAGUAAAUUAACCUGCACGUGUGUUUUCGCCGAUGACACCUGUAGUUUACACAACACGUGUACUAUGAGUGACAGGGGAACGUUGUGGGACGCAGAAGAGCUCCGCUGCUGAGUAGAAUAUCUGUUGCAUAAAAUAAUAAUUUUGUAAAUGGUCGCGUUGUGUUCUCCAUGUGCGUUUGUUAUGACGUAAGAUGAAUGGGUUCGAUACAAUCAAGUGAGUCUGAAACCAGUUGAGCGCCACGGGGCGGGGCGCCGGAACGUUCGCACUCGGAUUUGGACCGCAGCAAAUGUGCCCAGUGUGAAAACCACCUUAGAUCAAGUCAAAUUCUGGUUUAUUGCCAGUGAUUAUAUAACAGACAGGCUCCACUCGUAUGACCAAGUAGCUGUUUGGACCAGAUUUUUUAUUUUCCUUCCUUUUCAGUGUUUUUUUUUUUUUUGGUCUGUUUGUUUAAGUAAAAUAGAAAUGCCUUAUACCCACAGGGCUGUGUAAUUCUCGAAUUCUGACUUCUGAAUUCUAGAAGUAUUGAUUGACUCUUCAUAUUCUAUGACCGUAGCUCUGACAGUAAAUCUAGCUGCAGUUCAAAUAACAUGUAUAGUUUAAUAUAUUUGUUAUAAUACAUUAUCGUUUCUAUAGUAGCAACCUGCAAAGGGACUUGUAUGGCAGAUGAGCUACAUAAUCUAAUAAGACUAAUAACAAGCAUUUGUGGAAGGAGUCUCCAGUGUCAGUGCUUCGUCGAAAACAGUCGGCAGUUUUCCACCACAGGAAAGUCUUCAGGACAGAUGAUUUUGUGCUUUCUGGUUUCUUGGUAACAAGCUGCGAUGUUCUCUCUUAACUUCGAGAGCGUGAAAGACAGGCUGGUGAGAGAACAACUGUUUAUAUCUGCUAUAACGAAAGUCAUAACAGGUGUAAGCGUUGUUUUGUGGAUGUUACGCUUCAUUAAACAUAAGCGGUUAAACAGCAGGACGUGGCAUUCUUUGCUAAAUGUGAAAAAUAACACGUAAUCGAAUUGCUGUAGUAUAAGAGGAAUAAAACACUUUAUUGGUGUUGUUGGAAAAUAAUCAGCUUCAGCAUAGUUUCUUUAUGUAAAAUAGAAAUGCCUUAUACCCACAGGGCUGUAUAAUUUAAUUACCGUCAGGUAAGUAGUUCUAGCAGUUCUCUGUAAUCUUUAAACGAUCUGCUCUGAAGCUGAAACAUUUCUCAUGUUUACAAAAGUUGUUCACCUUUCAACAGCGAUAAGGUUGGAGCAGCUUUCUUUCAUGCUCACACGAGUCAUGCUUUCAGACUUUUUAUUUAAAAGGUUUAAAACACACAGAUAUGGUACUCAUUAUUUAUUUAUUUAUUUAUUUAUUUAUUUCCAGGUCUGAUCACUGAUGUGUUUCAGGGGACAAAAGUGAAUGUCCUAUAGAGCAGGAGGCUAUACAAUCAAUGAUCUAAUAAAAUGUUUGUCAAUAGCAAUUAAAUCACUUUCUCUUCCAGUCCCUGUGCCAUUUUGAGAUGAUUCUUCUCAGCGUACCUUGUUAAGCUGGUUACACAGGGUUGUAUAACUCUCGAAUUCUGACUUCUGAAUUCUAGAAUAACAACCUGCAAAGGGACUUGUAUGGGAGAUGAGCCACAUAAUCUAAUAAGACUAAUAACAAGCAUUUGUGGAAGGAGUCUCCAGUGUCAGUGCUUCGUCGAAAACAGUUGGCAGUUUUCCACCACAGGAAAGUCUUCAGGACAGAUGACUUUGUGCUUCCUGGUUUCUUGGUAACAAGCUGCGAUGUUCUCUCUUAACUUCGAGAGCGUGAAAGACAGGCUGAUGACCAUGGACGAGAAGUACGUCAACAACAUCUGGGACCUCCUCAAGAACGCCAUCCAGGAGAUCCAGAGGAAGAACAACAGCGGCCUGAGCUUCGAGGAGCUGUACAGGAACGCCUACACCAUGGUGCUGCACAAACAUGGCGAGAAGCUGUACACAGGACUGCGCGAAGUCGUCACCGAGCACCUCAUCUUCAAAGUACGGGAAGAUGUUUUAAAUUCAUUGAACAACAACUUCCUGCAAACGUUGAACCAAGCCUGGAAUGACCACCAGACAGCCAUGGUGAUGAUCCGAGAUAUUUUGAUGUACAUGGAUCGAGUGUAUGUGCAACAGAACAACGUGGAGAAUGUCUAUAAUCUAGGGCUCAUCAUCUUCCGGGACCAGGUGGUCCGCUACGGCUGCAUCCGGGACCACCUCAGGCAGACGCUGCUAGACAUGAUCGCCCGGGAGAGGAAAGGCGAAGUGGUGGAUCGGGGUGCCAUACGUAAUGCCUGCCAGAUGUUGAUGAUCUUAGGCCUUGAAGGAAGGUCGGUCUAUGAGGAGGAUUUUGAAGCCCCGUUUUUAGAAAUGUCUGCAGAAUUUUUCCAGAUGGAGAGUCAAAAGUUUUUGGCAGAGAACAGCGCGAGCGUGUACAUAAAGAAGGUGGAGGCACGGAUAAAUGAGGAGAUCGAGCGAGUGAUGCACUGUCUGGACAAGUCGACAGAGGAGCCCAUCGUGAAGGUGGUGGAGCGAGAGCUCAUCUCCAAGCACAUGAAGACCAUCGUGGAGAUGGAGAACUCGGGGCUCGUGCACAUGCUGAAGAAUGGAAAGACAGAAGACCUGGCGUGUAUGUAUAAGCUGUUCAGUCGGGUGCCAAAUGGUCUGAAGACGAUGUGCGAGUGUAUGAGCGCCUACCUGAGGGAGCAGGGCAAAGCUCUGGUGUCAGAAGAGGGAGAGGGCAAGAACCCAGUGGACUACAUCCAGGGAUUGUUGGACCUGAAGUCUCGCUUUGACCGCUUCCUGCAGGAGUCCUUUAAUAACGAUCGUUUGUUCAAGCAGACCAUUGCAGGCGACUUUGAAUACUUCCUUAACUUGAAUCCCCGGUCACCUGAAUACCUCUCCCUCUUCAUCGAUGACAAGCUAAAAAAAGGCGUGAAAGGGUUGACGGAGCAAGAGGUGGAGUCAAUCCUGGAUAAAGCGAUGGUGCUGUUCAGGUUCAUGCAGGAGAAGGAUGUAUUUGAGCGUUACUACAAACAACACCUGGCCAGGAGGCUCCUAACUAACAAGAGCGUCUCUGACGAUUCGGAAAAGAACAUGAUCUCAAAGCUGAAGACGGAGUGUGGCUGUCAGUUCACAUCCAAACUGGAAGGCAUGUUCAGGGACAUGAGCAUUUCAAACACAACCAUGGAUGAGUUUCGCCAACACCUACAAUCAACAGGGGUGUCUUUGGGUGGUGUUGACCUCACAGUGAGGGUGUUAACGACAGGUUACUGGCCCACUCAGGCAGCCACACCCAAGUGCAACAUCCCCCCUUCUCCCAGACACGCAUUUGAGGUUUUUCGAAGGUUUUAUUUGGCCAAGCACAGUGGCCGGCAGCUCACACUGCAGCACCACAUGGGCUCGGCAGACCUUAACGCUACUUUCUACGGGCCGAUCAAAAAGGUAUCAGUGUCAGCGCUAGAGGACGGCUCAGACUUGGGCGUGGGUGGUGCGCAGGUGACCGGCUCCAACACCAGGAAGCACAUUCUCCAAGUGUCCACUUUUCAGAUGACCAUCCUUAUGCUCCUCAACAACAGAGAGAAGUUCACCUUUGAGGAGAUUCAGCAGGAGACGGACAUCCCGGAGCGAGAGCUGGUGCGAGCACUGCAGUCUUUGGCCUGUGGGAAGCCCACUCAGCGAGUGCUCACCAAGGAGCCCAAAUCUAAGGAGAUCGAGAACGGCCAUGUAUUUACAGUCAAUGACCAAUUCACAUCCAAACUGCACAGAGUAAAGAUCCAGACAGUUGCUGCUAAACAGGGUGAAUCAGACCCUGAGAGGAAAGAGACACGGCAGAAAGUGGAUGACGACAGGAAGCACGAGAUCGAAGCAGCCAUCGUCCGCAUCAUGAAGUCCAGGAAGAAGAUGCAGCAUAAUGUGCUAGUAGCAGAGGUCACUCAGCAGUUACGGGCACGAUUCCUCCCAAGUCCUGUGGUCAUUAAAAAACGCAUUGAAGGACUAAUUGAGCGGGAAUACUUGGCAAGAACGCCAGAAGACCGCAAAGUGUACACUUACGUAGCAUAAAUGUGGCAUGAAUUUCAAAUGAAACCUGAUGUGGAGUGAAGGAGAGUGUGAGAGUGUUAUUUCUGGGACUUGAUAAUGAGCAUGAACUGGGAGGUUUUUGUGUUUAGGGGGUUUUUUUUUGUUUUUUUUUUUUCCUUUUUUUUUUUUUUUCCAUCGCUACUGGGGGAAAACUGAGAAGUUAACCUUUAACCUUCUGUAAGGACUCAUUUUAAAAAGUUCUUAGCGAUUCACACAGAAGCCUUCCGAAGCCUCCAGGGAGCUGAAUGAGAUUCAGCUCGGGCUCGCAGACGAGGCGUCCGUCUCUGUGAGAGAACUGUGUAAGAGUCGGACCCUAUAAACCUGAACCCAGAACAGAAGUGCCCAAAUAAACGAAGAACGAUGACUUUCCAGCAUGGGAUGCCUUCCGGAGACCAAUCAGGUUACCGUGAAAUAUGUAUACCUUCCCACAUUUAUUUUGUUAGUUUGAUUUACCCCCCCCUGUCUCCCCCCCCCCCCCCCCCAUGUUGGUGUAAAUGUGUUUGUGGUCUGUGGCACCAUGUUGGUUGUACAGGUUUAAACCUUGCCUGCCUGCAGAAGAUUUUAAAAAUGGAGGCUGGGUAUCAGAGAGCCAUAUUAGUUUUGGAGCUUUGGAGCAUGCCUUUUCUGACAAGGGGUGAAAUAACUCUUUCAAGGUUUCUAAAAGAAAUGGUUUGAUCGUGUCUUUGUUUGAACUUUUUCGUAUUUGGCAUGGCCAAAUGUAAAUUUAAAUAUUAGCUUUUUUUUGUAGGGUCCUUCUGAUGCAGUUCCAUUAUAAGGGGGUUGGGUUUUGUUUGUUUUUUCAGCAGCAGAAGGAGCAUUGUGUCUAAACGUGUACAAAUUGUAAAAUAAUUGUUAUUGUACUCGCUGAAGUGGACUGUACAGGGCCUUGUUUUCAUCAUUGUUCAAUGUAGAAAAAGGAGUUAAAAAUAAAUGGAUUUGCUGCUUCGGGUCA